GAGGAAGUCUGCAGCUCCCAACAGACUGACCAUUGCGAAGGCAUUUAUCGAGCUGGAUCAAAUUGUAAUUUUAGUCAAAAAUUGAAGUGUUCUGCUCACCGAGGUCAACUAGACUGCUUGGAUUAAAAGAGAAGAAGCUCGGUCAUUUUUUUUUCAAGAAUGUUUGUCAUUGUUGCUGUUGUUAUUGUUGUAGGAAACAUCGCCACUUCAGCGUCUCUCUCUGGAGUGAAUCUUGAUUGCACCAACGACUAUGAGUAUCGGAUGUCUUGUCACUUUGACGCUCCAAACUGCACUGAGUAUAAUGUGACUCUGCGGAGCCUUGACGGGUAUGGUGAGACCCACUGUCUCCCCGUUCAGUGCGCAAGCGAAAAAUGCUGCUGCUCCAUCCGUAUGCUUCUCAUACUUGACGAGAAUCACACGGCAUUUGUCCGGAGACGUGGCGAAUAUGUGGAGUCCAAAAACAUAAGCGUGAAAUACAGCUUCAAACCCCAAACCCCAAGCAUCGUCUCAGUGAAUGAGACCAAUGGGAAUUUUCAAGUCAUUUGGAGGACAAACAUCAACAAACACCAUAUAAGAGAAAUAAUAAGCACACUUCUGACUUACCGCAAAAAAGGAGAAACAGAAGAGAUGACUGAAGUAGUCAAAGCACCACAAGUGGAGACGCAACUGUGCUUCUUGUGUUUUACCUCUGAAAUACUUGGCGCACACUUGGAGCCAAACACAACCUACGUUGUCACAGCGCAGAACUUACUCCCUUGGGAAAGCCAACCGAGUGACCGUAGCGAGGAGUACGAAUUUACAACCCCAGCGUCCCGUGAGAGCCUCCUGCUGACCCUCAUCAUUACUCUCAGUCUACUCGCCAUCACCAUCAGCAGUGGGGCAUACGUCUGCUAUGUCAAGUGUAGAGCCAAAUAUUGGGACUCAGUCAGCAGUCAAAAUUCCAAACUUCUCAAUAUCUAUCCGAGUAAGGAAGAGGUUUUGAAGCCUAUGCCCCCCAUCAUCUCAUCAAUCUAUGUUGAGACCCUCACACCAGGGGACCUCAAACCAUGGUCAAAGGGCUCCCUAAUUGAUAGCAGCACCGAGAGUCUACUUCAAAGCAGCGGAAUCAGUAGCGGUCCGUCUUCUCUCAGUUACGCUUGUACGGAGGCUGCAGACAUCAUUGCAGGGGUCCAAGGGGCGGUCAGCAAAGCCUUAAUGAACAUCGUCCCGGCAUCAGCUUCAACCAACCAUCUUCUGAAAGAGUCCAGCAAACCCAACGGUGUCUUGUCCACUCGACCCAGUCCCUGCAAUAGCGAGCAACAUUCAGGAUGUGAAAACGCAGUAACAUACUCUUUUAUCAGGCCAGUUCAUGUAAUACCUGAAACUUUGAAAAGUCACGCCCAGUCUCAACUGCCCUUCGAAUGUGGAUACCAAAGCACGGGAAGUGGGUCGACAUGUGACGACAAGCGAGGGUCAGCUUGUGAAGAAAACUCGUUCCCAACCUUGGUGUCUUCCUACACACUGACUCCAGCAUCUCGCCAGCAGGCUAACAGAGACUCUGGGAAGUUUUCGAUUGGUGAAAACUCAGACGCAUCCCUCAGUUGCAGCAACACAAGCCUCUCUGGAGAUGUUGAAUCCAGAAUGGAAACAGGACAUGAGGGCUGCCAAGAGAUGUUCAUCAGUGGGGCUUGUGGCAAGGGGGAGGAUGCCACCAAGGAGGGUAAAGCUCUGCUCUGCAUCCCUGCGAGUUUACAAGGCCAUUUUCCGGUAGAUGACAACUACCAAGUCCAUCGGUGCUUAAAGGAGCUUCGGGAUAGACCAUUUGAAGACGAGACACAUCUUAAAAAUCAAGACUUGAGCAAAGCGUUGGAAAAUUACUCAAAAGAUGCCACAAAAAGUGAUACCGGCUUCCGUGCACACUCAAACCACAGUUUUCUGGUUGAUGACAACUACCAACCAGUUCAGUACUUAAGGGAGCUCGCCGAUAGUCAAAUUGGAGAGCCAAAAAGUAGCAAAAAAACCCUGGACAACAUAGGAAAUCUUUUAUAUAAUGUGAGAAAAAGUGAUACCUGCGUCCCUACAAUCUCAAACUUUAGUUGUCUUGUUGAUGACAACUACCAAGUGUUUCAAGGCGGGAGGGAGCUUUCUAAUCGUCAGUUUGGACAGCAGAACAGUGGCAACACAAAUGACUUGAAGAAGACUUUCGACAAUUCCUUUGAAGGCGUUUGUGUUGGUGAUACCUGCAGCCCUGCAAAUUCGAACCCCAGCUUUCCCGUCGAUGAUAACUGCCAAGCUUUUCAUGGUUUAGGAGAACACUCUGAUCAUCAGGUUGAGGUUGGAGAGAAAAAAAGUGUUGAGAAUGAGUGUCUGUUGAAGGAUGUAGGAAAGCCAUUCAAAGAUUUAAGUCAAGGGGAUCAAGGCCACACUUGCAUCCCUCUAAACCUGCAAGGCAGUCUUCCAGUGGAUGACAAUUACCAAGUGUGUCGUGGUAUAAGGGAGCUCUCCGAUCGUCAUUUUGGAGAGCAGAACGGCGAAAAAGGUUUGGAGGAGCCUUUAGAAAACUCCUUGCAAGAUGCCCCGAAAGGCAAUAGCCGCGUCCCUGCAAGCUCAAAUUCCAAAUUUUGCACAGAAGAAAACUACCUGCCCUUUCAUGGAUUAAGGCAGCACUCUGAUCAAACAGCUGGAGAGCCAAGCAGUGGUGAAAAAGAUGACCUGGCUAAAGUUUUCGACACUCCAUUAAAAGAUGUCCGUACAGGGGUUCAAUGCUCCACUUGCGUCCCUGCAAUCUUACAAGACAGUCUUCCGGUGGAUGACAACUACCAAGUGUUUCGGGGCUUAAGGAACCAGACUGAUUUAAAAGUUCCAGGCCAAAUAAGUGGCACAAAAGAUGACUGGGUGAAGGUUUUGAAAACUACUUACGACGAUGCCGCUCAAGGUGACAACCUCUCACCCGAAAGCUUACAAGACAGUCUUCAGGCGGGUGACCACUGCAAAGUCAUUCAGGCCUUAUCUAAGCAGUGUGAUAGCAAGUUUGCAGAACAUAAAGAAAUUAAGAAAAAAGACUUGAGAGAGGCUUUUGAAAUUUCACUACCCGUAAUGCCCGGAGGCCCCUCAGGCCCAGUAACAGCUGUGUCGACUGACCAUGUUCACGGUCGCAAACAUCUCCCUGAGUCCCAAAUGCCUUUUUUGCCAUCGGUCUCCACUGCCCUCAGAAAUCACAUGAUCAUUGAGAGUGGCUACAAAAUUGUGUAGCAUGGAACAAAUGUAUUCAUUACCUCCUCCAAUGCGGUCCUGUGCAUUUCUAGCUUUGUACAGCAUGUUUGAGUUCACAAAUACCUGAACCCAUGUUGAUGAAAGUUUGUCGACUGUUGGAUUAUCACACUUGAAAACCUUUUAUAAAAAAUCUGGAAUGGGGUGUUUUGUCAACAGAUUUACUUUGCAGCCCUCCUCAUUCAGUCAUUAGCAUCAUUGCGUAGCUUGAAAGGCGCUAUAUAAAUCCUGCCCGGUGGAUGGAUAUAUAUAUAUAUAUAUAUAAUUUUGUAAUGGUCACUUUUUGUGCUUUGCUCUGUUGUUUAGUUGGAUUUAUCGCAAUUGUGGUAUCA